GCAGGUUAGCUAGAGAGCUACCACUGGAUUUGACAGCUAUAGGAAGGCGAACCGGAGGGCACCAUAGCGGGAGCAGCAUCCUUUUCAGCAACAAAAACAUUCUCGUCCUCGCAGAGUAAACAGUCACACAACUCAGGAUGGCUUUCUUGAUCAAGAGCAUGAUUGGGAACCCCCUGUCAGGGAUGGGUCUUGGUGGCGGAGGUGACAAAGAAGAGGAGGCCACCCCCUCAGAUCCAGCCAAAGCAGCAGGGAUGACACGGGAGGAGUAUGAAGAGUACCAAAAACAGUUGGUGGAGGAGAAGAUGGAGAGAGAUGCAGAUUUCUUACACAAGAAGGCAGAGAGGGCAACACUCAGGGUGUGCCUCAGAGAAAAAUACAGGCUGCCAAAGAGCGAGCAGGAUGAGAACAUGAUUGAGAUGGCCGGGGACGACGUGGACGUUCCCGAGGAGCUGCUCAAGAUGGUGGACGAGGACGCCACGGAGGAGGAGGGCAAGGACUCCAUCAUGGGCCAGUUCCAAAACUUGCAGAACAUGGACAUGGACCAGCUGAAGGAGAAGGCCUCGGCCACCGUCACCGAGCUGAAGAGCAAAGCAGAGGAGAAGUGCUCCGUCAUGUGAAAGGCCAGAGGGGUCGUCUGCGCUUGAGUAAUGCAGAGGAAGAGGAAGGAGACCACAACACUUUCUGGGAAUCUGCAGAGCGAGCAGUGUUAAUAAGUCUGUAGCAUUCUGUACACUGCAAGCUACUGCAAAGAAUCCACCUUUAUUAUAAACACUAAAAAGAGAAAUCAUAUUUCUGCCACACCGAGGUGUUUUAUUAUCACUGCCACCAGUCUGCAUAUACUGAAGGAUUUCCCUGUUAGCUUGUUACUGAAUGGGUCAUAAUUUACUUAUAAUUGCAAUAAACUAAAAAUACUUUCAACUAAAAACAGGGUGCCCAAUCCCUUUCCCACCUGAUCAUUUUCUUUAGAUUAACUAUGUAGAAAAGUGGUUUUUCCCAGCCAAGUAUUGCUUUUGACAGCCACAGGCCACAGUACAUUUCAAAGCCAUGAUUCCUUUUGAUAUAAUGUUCACUUUCUUCUCUGUUCGUUGUAAAAUGAGACAGUUAAGUCUCUAAAAGUGUGAUUUUCAGUCAAAUAUAUAACAAUACACCAAGACUUGCUUAUAAAAAAAAAAGCGUAUUUAAGUUAAAAAUUCAAUCCUGUCUGAGUGUUUCAACUUUCCUUUUGGUUUGCUGGUUAUUCUAGAUUUUUUUUUGUAUGUGUUGUUUGAAUUAAUUAUGAGAUUUAGAUUCUUUUUUCUCAUCAGUCUUGACAUGUUAAUUUACUCAGAAUUUGUCCAUGUACACAUCUUAAUCAUAACAAAACGGUUGAGCCUGGAACAUUUGCAGAGACAUUUGCAGAUUUGCACAAAUCAUAACUUUAAAAUACUGAAUGAUUUAUUCCAUACAUAUAAAAACAAUGUACAUAACUGCUGAUGAAAUAUAUGGAGGCACUUCAAACUGAGAAAACAAAUGUAUUGUUCAA